CAUGUCCAAAUGUGAAAACCUGUCGAGUCCAGAAUGAAUCAAAGUAAUCAGAUGGUGCAAGAAUUUAUUAUGGUUGGUUUCCCAGGAAUUCAGGACCGAGCUAGCAAAAAUGUUCUUUUUGGUGUGCUCUUGGUGGUGUAUCUUUGCAUUGCUCUUGAUGUGAUGAGCUCCACUGUGACGCUUCCUAAAUUGCUGGCUGUUCUCGGCUCAGACUCUGGUGUGAUUUCCAUCACUGCCUGUUUCAUUCAGAUGUUCCUUUAUGGAAUCCUGAAAGCCUCUGAGGUCUUCCUCCUGGGGCUUAUGGCUUAUGACCGAUACCUUGCCAUCUGUAAACCUCUACACUAUUUCACAAUUACAAACAACAUCCUGGUUUGGAAACUCAUCACUUGCUGUUGGGCCUUUGCCUUCAUCAUUGUUGGCACUCCAAUGACUCUGACAAUCAGGCUACCAUUCUGUGGCCCCAACAAGUUAGUCCAUUUCUUUUGUGAGCAUUCGGCGGUGAUGAAGUUAGCUUGCGGUUAUGAUAUCAUUGCUGUCUAUGCUGGCUCCACUCUAAGUCUCGGGGUUAUGGUAGCUCCUUUGUUUUAUAUUCUUUACUCCUAUGUAAGGAUUCUCAAGUCAGUUUUCACAAUUGAGAGCUCUCACGGGCGACUAAAAGCCUUGUCUACCUGCAGUUCACAUCUUCUGGUUAUUUUUCUCUUCUAUCUGGCUGGUGCAGGUGUUGUAAUUACAAGCUCAGUCCCUGGAAGCUCAGCAGAUGUUCGUCUCUUGGCGGCACUCCUCCAUAAUGUGACACCGCCCUUAGUGAACCCGAUAAUCUACUGCCUCAACACGAAGGAGAUGAAGGCCCGUUUCGUGAAGUUGAUAAAAACAAAAAGCCUGUUUUCUCACAGACAUUAGGCAUUGACUUUUCUACAUACUAAUGCUGAAAUCAUUCUCAUUUGAAAUUUCUUAGACCAUAGCUGUUUUUAACCAUUUAUUGGUAGCAAUAAAAAAAUUGAAUGAAAAAAAUAAGCAUUUUGUAAAUUUUGCAUUUGACCUAUAAUGUUAUAUUAUGAACUGGAACGC